UAAUCUUGCUAUCUAUAUAAAGACGCCUAAUUUGGUAAACCUAUGCAAAUUUAAUAAACCAUUUACUACGAGAAAACGAACAUCGCGAUUCAGUUAACAGAUAAUAAAAUGAAAGUGAUAUUUGGUGUUGUUUUACUAUUCGUGGUUACUCAUGGUUUAGGUGAAUUUUUAGCGAAAGCCUUACUGGAAUCAAAAUAUUUUGUGAAUAAUGAAGUUGAAGAGACACUGAAAAAAAAUAACUUGGUUGCGGUUUUGUCAAAGUUAGAACAAUCAUUUGAUAUUUAUUUCGAUUUAAAACUCAACAGUUUUUCAGACGGAUUCAGAAGUGUCAUUCAUUUGACUAUAGGAGAGGAUAAUUCGAAAUACGGUGAUCGAAUUCCUGGCAUUUGGGUUUCUAAUCAAAAGUUACUCGUUGGUUUUGCAAUAAACAAUAAUAAAAAUGAAUAUUUUGAAUCCGAGCCACUUCAACGAGGCGAGUGGAUAAAUAUUCAUAUACGUCAACACGCUGAAUCGGGAAGAGCUUCUUUUACUUUAUAUAUCAAUAACGAAAAUGUAUAUACUGUACAAAACUUAAACCCACAAGUAUUUACAAAUGUCCAAGUUUAUGCUGGAGAUCCGUGGUAUGAAGUUCAGGAUGGCUCUAUUAAAAAGUUCAAUGUCACUAAUGGGUAUUUAGAUUUUGUGGAUAAUGAAGUUGAAGAGACACUAAAGAAAAAUAACUUGGUUGCUGUUUUGUCAAAAUUAGAACAAUCAUUUGAUAUUUAUUUCGAUUUAAAACUCAACAAUUUUUCAGAUGGAUUUAGAAGUGUCAUUCAUUUGACUAUAGGAGAGGAUAAUUCGAAAUACGGUGAUCGAAUUCCUGGCAUUUGGAUUUCUAAUCAAAUGUUACUCGUUGCUUUUGCAAUAAACAAUAAUAAAAAUGAAUAUUUUGAAUCCAAGCCACUUCAACGAGGCCAGUGGAUAAAUAUUCAUAUACGUCAACACGCUAAAUCGGGAAGGGCUUCUUAUACUUUAUAUAUCAAUAACGAAAUUGUAUAUACUGUACAAAACUUACACCCACAAGUAUUUACAAAUGUCCAAGUUUACGCUGGAGAUCCGUGGUCUGAAGUUCAGGAUGGCUCCAUAAGAAAGUUCAAUGUCACUAAUAGAUAUUCAGAUUAUGUGGAUAAUGAAGUUGAAGAAACACUAAAGAAAAAUAACUUGGUUGCGGUUUUGUCAAAAUUAGAACAAUCAUUUAAUAUUUAUUUCGAUUUAAAACUCAACAAUUUUUCAGAUGGAUUUAGAAGUGUCAUUCAUUUAACUAUAGGAGAGGAUAAUUCGAAAUACGGUGAUCGAAUUCCUGGCAUUUGGGUUUCUAAUCAAAUGUUACUCGUUGCUUUUGCAAUAAACAACAAUAAAAAUGAAUAUUUUAAUUCCAAGCCACUUCAACAAGGUCAGUGGAUAAAUAUUCAUAUACGUCAACACGCUGAAUCGGGAAGAGCUUCUUUUACUUUAUAUAUCAAUAACGAAAAUGUAUAUACUGUAGAAAAUUUAAACCCACAAGUAUUUACAAAUGUCAAAGUUUACGCUGGAGAUCCGUGGUAUGAGGUUCAGGAUGGCUCCAUUAAAAAGUUCAGUGUCACUAAUGGAUAUUUAAAUUUUGUGGAUAAUAAAGUUGAAGAGACACUAAGGAAAAAUAACUUGGUUGCUGUUUUGUCAAAAUUAGAACAAUCAUUUGAUAUUUAUUUCGAUUUAAAACUCAACAGUUUUUCAGAUGGAUUUAGAAGUGUCAUCCAUUUGACUAUAGGAGAGGAUAAUUCGAAAUACGGUGAUCGAAUUCCUGGCAUUUGGAUUUAUAAUCAAAUGUUACUCAUUGCUUUUGCAAUAAACAAUAAUAAAAAUGAAUAUUUUAUUUCCAAGCCACUUCAACAAGGUCAGUGGAUAAAUAUUCGUAUACGUCAACACGCUGAAUCGGAAAGAGCUUCUUUUUCUUUACAUAUCAAUAACGAAAAUGUAUAUACUGUACAAAAUUUAAACCCACAAGUAUUUACAAAUGUUAAAGUUUACGCUGGGGAUCCGUGGUAUGAAGUUCAGGAUGGCUCCAUUAAAAAGUUCAAUGUCACUAAUGGAUAUUUAAAUGAAAGAAAGGAAUUGAAAAAGGACGCCAAACGGAAAAAGGCGUUUCGCUUAAAUUAUUAAUAUAUGUCAACGACUUGUUCUUUUCAUUUAAGUUUGUUGUUUUUGAAGUAUCCAAUUUUUGAUGUUAUGAAUUUGUAUUUUUUAUUUCAAAAUACAUCUUUCGCAUUGCAUUC